AUGUCAUACACAUACCUUGGUUCCAAUAUAACAAGUACAAGAAAUCUGAAAGAGGAGGUGAACAGCCAAAUUACGAAAGCCUCGUUGAUAUCGGGAUACUUGCGCGACAUAAUAUGGAGGAACAAAUAUAUGAGCCUAUCUAGCAAGGUCAGAAUAUACAAGACUUGUGUUAGGCCAAUCAUGACGUAUGGUAUUGAAACAAGAGCCGAAAAUGCCGAAACCAAGAGACAACUAAGAACAACUGAGAUGAGAGUGUUGAGACAUAUAGCAGGCUAUUCAUUACUCGACCAUAAGAGAAAUGAAGAGAUCAGAGAUAUCUGCGGGAUACAAGAUGUAGUGAGAUGGGCAAGGAUAAGGCGCAGAAAUUGGAGAGACCAUGUGGAUAGGAUGCCUGAUAACCGACUGCCCAAAAUAGCAAAAACGAAAAGGCCUAACACCGCAAGACUUCCAGGGAGACCACCAAAGCGCUGGUAUGAAAGUUGGACCUCUGCAUCCCAGGAAUGA